AUGGCCACUCACGACCCAACCACCUUACCACACUCAUCCUCGUCUCCAUCGACAACAAGUAUGACCAGCACAGUCGGUGACGGUGACUCUUCGUCGCCGCUCAUGACCAACCCCAACCUCAACCGUCUCAGCCACGCCACGAGCCGUCCCGACGUCCCUCGCGAGAGCUAUACGUCGCGAACAAUCCGGGCCGUCACGUCGGCCCUCAGUCCCGACAAAGCCUCGGACGAACUCGACAAUCUCAUCCUACGCAAUACAGCACACAGGCGCCCCUCAGUCUCGGUCGACAAGGGAAUCCUCUACCCGACCCUCGAGAACCACCCCGAUCCAAACCCCUACCCUCUGCUAGUCCUCAACCUCGCUGCAAUCAGCCACGUCUCGUCGUCAAUCAGUAAUGACGAAUUACUCCAGGUCCUCAUGGGCCGAUUGGAACCUUGGGCUGGCGAGGAGGGAGAGGGUGCCUAUUGCCUCAUUGUCCUCGCAGCUGAGGGGGGAGGCAAACGUGCCCUCCCAGGCGUCGCAUGGUGGUUAUGGCAUUGGAGCCGCAUUCCCCGAAAGUUUCGCAAAAACCUCAAACGACUAUACAUUGUCCAUCCGUCUUCUCUGACUAGAGCCAUUCUUCCCGUCAUUCUGCCUCUCGCCUCACCAAAGUCGUAUGGAAAAGUCCACACCGUACCCUCCUUACUGGCACUUACUCACUUUAAUGUUCCGUUGCGCGGGAUGGACCUCGCCCUCCAAACGUUGGGGGAGGAAGCGCGUAUCCUUGCUGAGAAUCCCAACGCUGCCCGCAGGUCUAGUGUCACCUCUUCCGCCGCCCCGUCCGAAGAGGCCGGCGCAUGGGGUGCCUUCUCGGCAUUAAGUGCCGCGCUCGGAACGGCGGCCAGCUGGCUUCACCCCAACGUGAGCGCGGCACUCAACGACAAGCCCGGCCAGGCGUAUUGGGCGCGCGAUAUCGAGGUCAUUGUCGCCGAGAACGGCGGCCACAUCCCACGCGUUCUUGCCGUCAUUGGUAAAGCUAUUCUAGACUACAGUACUGCGACCCAAGGUAUAUUCCGCCGCUCGUCCAACUCGCCCCUCACUCCAAUCCUCCAGAACCUAAUGGACCUCCCUCUCGACCUACAGCCGCGCUUGGAUUGGGCCGUCAUAGCACAAUCCGACCCUCUCCUCCCGCCCAUCAUGCUCAAGAAAGUCAUCAGUACCCUCCGCUCCCCAGUGUUUGGACAGCACCUCUACCAUAUUAUUAGAGACACGCGUUCGGUCGACGACAUAACGUCCAAGCUCAUUCCUGCCCUCUCUCCCGCCCGCGCCCAAUUGAUCGAUGUUGUACUCCACCUCGCCCACCACCUCGUUCCGUACGAGGCCGCGACGCGUAUGGGUAGCCGCCAACUCGCCCUCAUGCUCGCACCACCACUCCUCUCUGGCCCCGACCCACGCGAAGACCUCGCACUACUCAUGGAACCCGGGGUCAUGGUGCCAGCUGGCCUCGCCGUCCCACUGCCACCCGCCGCGUCGACCGCCGACAAGCACUCGCGCAAGGACAGCUCGGACUCGCAGACAUCCAAGACGUCGAAGCGUUCAUCCAAGUCUGUCUCUGCGUCUGCGUCUGCGUCUGCCUCGCCAGAGACAAUGCCCAACGCUCUCCCGGCGCAGGCGCCGCAGACACUCGUCGGUGUCCUUGAGAUAUGGAUCAACAACUUUGCGGCCAUGCACGGCAAGGACAAGUGCGAGUGCUCGCUGGUCGGUACCUCGGCUUUGGCUUUGCCCCUCUCUCCCGUGACCAGCCAGGCGCAGCACACACUGCCCAACGACCAGGGUGCGUCUGCGCGUGCGCCGGCUGUCGGAACCGCGUAG